AUGGAACUGAGGUGCAGGAUGAGGACCACCAAGUGCCAGCUGCUGGUGACCAGCCUCUGUGUCAUGCUGCUGGGGCUCUCCAUCGCCACGCUGAGCACAGUUGCCCACUAUGGGCACCGUUUCACCCUCAUCAGCAACAUUUCCCUGGACAGCAAUGCCUACAAGGUCAUCCACCACUCAGCUUUCUACUUUGGGAUCUGCCUGAGCAUGACCCUGAUCCUGGCAGCCCUGCUGAGCUCCGCUGCCACGGUGCGGGAAUCGCGGUGCCUCACCGCCAUGGGAUUUUUCUGUUUUGCUCUGGCCUUUUGUGGAUUGAUCCCAGCUGCCUGCUGGAGAUACACACACAGCACGGAGGUGGAAGACAGCAUGAUGGAUGUGUAUGAUUUCGUGUACGAGGAGGUGAGGAGGAACACCUCCAGCUUCAGGAGACAUGAACUGACUGCCAUCCAUGAAGCAUUCCUUUGCUGUGGGAAGCACUCUCCUUUUGGGGACACAACCGAUGUCGAGAACAAGACAUGCCCACCUGACCAAGUGCACAAUGAAGGACAGGACUGCCUGCAAGAGAUCCAGGACUUUCUGAAGAAGCACAUGGACUUUGUCUUCUCGCUCCUGGGCAUCGCCAUUGGUUUCACGGUUUAUGGGAUGUUCCUAACUUCAUUCCUUUGGUUCUCCAUCCACUUCAGCAGCAACCUGUACCGGAAAGGGAAAUACACCCUGCGGGAGAGGUAG